AAUACUGCGCAUGUGCAAGACUUUACCACGGCUAAGUACUGAAAUCUGUCAGCUCAGCAGAGCCAAGAGUCCUCAAAAUAUCUUUAAAUACUCUGGUGUAUUGUGUUCCUUUAGUGUUCGCUGGAGACUUAAAUUGUGCUUAAGCCGUAAACAAAUUUGGUUUAAAACUUUUGGACCUGUGUUUGUGAAGAAAAAAAGCAGAAUGUCGAGCAGUUCAAAACGGAAAGAAGAAAGUCAUUUGCUAAAUGGGGGUGUAAAACAGUCCACAUGGGGCAAAGCCUUCUGCAGUAAUGCUGUUUGGGAAGAGAAGGAUGAGUUUUUAGAUGUGAUUUAUUGGUUUCGACAAAUUAUUGCCAUUAUCCUUGGGGUGAUAUGGGGUGUUGCACCGUUGAACGGAUUUCUGGGAAUAGCCAUUUUCUGCGUCAUCAACGCUGGUCUCCUGUAUGUAUACUUCAGCAGCUUUCAGCAGAUCGAUGAAGAGGAAUACGGAGGCACGUGGGAACUGACCAAAGAAGGCUUCAUGACAUCUUUUGCCCUGUUUCUGGUGGUAUGGAUAAUCUUUUACACAGCUCUACAUUUCGACUGAGGGAUCAACAAGGAAAUAUAAAAUAAACAUUUCUGUUCAAGUAAAACUGAAGAAGAAUAUCCUGGUUCAGGAAUCUCCGUGCUCCCUACAUACACUUGACGUGUUGGUGUGCAGUGCACCAUGGGAAUCUUCCAGAAAGAACACAGUGACGAACAAACAUAAAUGCUGUACAUCUUAGAUAUUUGAGGCUCAGUUUUUUUUAACGUCUUUCAUCACAUUUUUUAAAAUAUCUCCAUUCUGUGAUUUUAAUGUUUGAUAAAACAACAAAUAAAAAACACUAAAGGUGCAGAAAGAACGUAGUGUGGUUCAGCCUAAUUACAUUUCAGUUGAUUUUAGAAAGGUUUGUUGAUGCAACACAAUUGAUCAACCCAAUGAUUUUAGUUUUAGAAGGAUGUUAAUGCAGACUUUACAUAAUAAAGAUAACAAGCAGCAAAUGAACUCAUCCCAGUUUAUCGCUCAGUAGUUGGUGGGUGAAGUUGCAGUACAAAGAAGUGCCAUUGUUUUGUUAUUAUGGUUCAUCUUCUAGCUUGGGAACAAAAUGCGCCUUGGCUGAAAAGCGACCGUCAUUAGGGAUUUAUUUUGGAGCUGUGACUCAUUCCUCUGUGAAGUUUCAGUCAGAAAGUUAUGAAGUCGAGGUUAUCAGCUACUGUGUGCAGCUUUAAGGGUGUCAUCUGUUUUUAAGCAUAGUGAAACGUGUCAUUUAAGGUUAUUCCUCCAAACAUCUAAUGGAAUAUUGUAAGCUAACCACAGCUGAUAUCUGACUUAAAUGCUGUUUGUAUCUAUUCUCAACUUGUUGCAAACAUAACUACCCGAGUGGAUAGAAGAAAACCUGCCUGCUGUGUUAAGAUGCAAAUGUUCACUUGUUUUCUUUUUUAAGUUGGACUUGCACUGCCAUGAUUUACUUUUAAGUGUCUGUCAUUACCCUUUAUUAAAAUUAAACAUUAAUAUAGAUGUUUUUUUCUCACAAGUAGCUUCCACAUUAGUUUUGUUCGGUUUUUAAAUUAAUUUAUACUCUGGAAAGGCUGUAUGAUGCUCUUGUCAGGUCCACCCUCUAUUACAAGGUUGUGUUUAUGUUAUGUCUUGAUUGAUGUAACUCAUUUUCAGUAUUUUCUGGUGAAGAACUCUCAGUUCUUGCAAAGUUGUUCUGAUACUGUUAUAAUAAACAUGCAGCUCAUGUUUGAAGGGAUUGUAUUUUCUGAGCAAAUCUUUUAAGAAUCAUUAAACAUGGGCUUUGGCCUCCAUUUUCAAAGACUAAA